ACCCGCACCCGAGAGGGCGGAGGACGCGCAGUCCGGAGCAGGGAGCCCUCGGCGGCCGCUCGCGAGAGUCCACAGCCCGCGCCGCCUCUGGGUGAGGACAGUGUUCUGGCCUUGAGUCUGUCAAGGAAAAUGAAGUUGAGCCGCCAGUUCACCGUGUUCGGCAGCGCGAUCUUCUGCGUGGUCAUCUUCUCGCUCUACUUGAUGCUGGACCGGGGUCACUUAGACUACCCUAGGGGCCCGCGCCGGGAGGGCUCCUUCCCGCAGGGCCAACUUUCAAUGUUGCAAGAAAAAAUAGACCAUUUGGAACGUUUGCUGGCUGAGAAUAAUGAGAUCAUCUCAAAUAUUAGGGAUUCGGUCAUCAAUUUGAGUGAAUCUGUGGAGGACGGUUCGAAAAGUUCACCAGGCAAUUUCAGCCAAGGUGCUGGCUCGCGUUUUCUGCCAUCACAGGCGUCCCUUCAGGUCGACCCUAAGGACUGCCUCUUUGUUUCCCAAGGGGGAAACCAGCAUCCUGAUGUGCAGAUGUUGGAUGUUUACAAUCUAAUCCCUUUUGAUAAUCCAGAUGGCGGAGUAUGGAAGCAAGGGUUUGACAUUAAGUACGAAGCUAACGAAUGGGACUCCGAGCCCCUGCAAGUGUUUGUCGUCCCUCAUUCCCAUAAUGACCCAGGUUGGUUGAAGACUUUCAAUGACUACUUUAGAGACAAGACUCAGUAUAUUUUUAAUAACAUGGUCCUAAAGCUGAAAGAAGACUCAAGCAGGAAAUUUAUGUGGUCUGAAAUCUCUUACCUUUCAAAAUGGUGGGAUAUUAUAGAUAUUCCGAAGAAGGAAGCUGUUAAAAGUUUACUACAAAAUGGCCAGUUGGAAAUUGUGACAGGUGGCUGGGUUAUGCCUGAUGAAGCUACUCCACAUUAUUUUGCCUUAAUUGACCAACUAAUUGAAGGACAUCAGUGGCUGGAAAAAAACUUAGGAGUGAAGCCUAGGUCUGGUUGGUCCAUUGAUCCUUUUGGACAUUCACCAACAAUGGCUUAUCUUCUGAAACGUGCUGGAUUUUCACACAUGCUUAUCCAGAGAGUACAUUAUGCAGUUAAAAAACACUUUGCAUUGCAUAAAACGUUGGAGUUUUAUUGGAGACAGAAUUGGGAUCUGGGAUCUGUCACCGAUAUUUUUUGCCACAUGAUGCCCUUCUACAGUUAUGACAUCCCUCAUACUUGUGGGCCUGAUCCUAAAAUAUGCUGCCAGUUUGAUUUUAAAAGGCUUCCUGGGGGCAGAUUUGGUUGUCCCUGGGGAAUCCUUCCAGAAGCAAUAUCUCCUGGAAAUGUCCACAGCAGGGCUCAGUUGCUUCUAGAUCAGUACCGAAAGAAGUCAAAACUUUUCCGUACAAAAGUUGUUCUGGCCCCACUUGGAGAUGAUUUUCGCUACAGUGAAUACUCAGAAUGGGAUUUACAGUUCAGGAAUUAUGAGCAGCUUUUUAAUUAUAUGAAUUCUCAGACUCAGUUUAAUGUAAAGAUACAGUUUGGAACCUUAUCAGACUAUUUUGAUGCAUUGGAUAAAGCAGAUGCAGCUGAGAGGAGGCAUGGCCAGUCGAUGUUCCCUGUUGUGAGUGGAGAUUUUUUCACAUACGCUGACCGAGAUGAUCAUUACUGGAGUGGCUACUUUACAUCUAGACCCUUUUACAAACGAAUGGAUAGGAUCAUGGAAUCUCAUUUAAGGGCUGCUGAAAUUCUUUACUAUUUCGCCCUGAAACAAGCUCAGAAAUACAAGAUACAUAAAUUUCUUUCAUCACCAUAUUACACAGCACUGACAGAAGCAAGAAGGAAUUUGGGAUUGUUUCAACAUCAUGAUGCUAUCACAGGAACUGCAAAAGAUUGGGUAGUUGUGGAUUAUGGUACCAGACUCUUUCAUUCGUUAAUUGGUUUGGAGAAGAUAAUUGGAGAUUCUGCAUUUCUUCUUAUUUUGAAGGACAAACUCAUGUAUGAGUCUUACUCUUCUGAUUCUUUCCUAGAGAUGGAUUUGAAACAAAAAUCACAAGAUUCUCUGCCACAAAAACAUAUAAUACAGCUGAGUAAAAAGGAGCCAAGGUACCUCGUGGUCUAUAAUCCUUUAGAACAAGACCGGAACUCGGUGGUUUCAAUCUGUGUGAGUUCCCCCAAGGUGCAAGUGCUUUCUGAUUCUGGGAGACCGGUGGAGGUCCAAGUCAGCGCAGUUUGGAAUGAUGCAGUCACUGUUUCAGGACAAGCCUAUGAGAUUUCUUUUCUAGCACAUAUACCACCACUAGGAUUGAAAGUAUAUAAGAUUUUAGAAUCAGACGGUUCCAAUUCACAUGUGGCUGAUUAUGUUAUAUAUAAUGGUAAAACAGAAGAGAGUGAAAUUUUCAAGAUAAAGAAUAUGAUAAAUGCCAACAAAGCUAUAACUCUGGAGAACUCCUUUGUUAUACUUCAGUUUGAUCAGUCUGGGCUUAUGGAGAAAAUGAUAACUAAAGAAGAUGGUAAGCACCAUAAAGUAAAAGUGCAGUUUUCCUGGUAUGGAACCACAAGCAGAAGAGACAAAAGUGGUGCCUACCUCUUCCUACCUGAUGGUAAUGCCCAGCCUUAUGUUUACACAACACUGCCCCUUGUCAGAGUGACACAUGGAAGGAUUUAUUCAGAAGUGACUUGCUUUUUUGAACAUGUUGCCCAUAAAGUCCGCCUGUACAGCGUACAUGGAAUAGAAGGACAGUCUGUUGAAAUUUCUAAUAUUGUGGACAUCCGAAAUUUAUAUAACCGUGAGAUUGCAAUGAGAAUUUCUUCUGAAAUAAACAGCCAAAAUAGAUUUUACACUGACCUAAAUGGAUACCAGAUUCAGCCUAGAAUAACAAUGAGCAAACUGCCUCUUCAAGCAAACGUCUACCCAAUGACCACGACGGCGUAUGUCCAGGAUGCUGAGCACCGCCUGACACUGCUCUCUGCUCAGUCCUUAGGUGUUUCGAGUUUGCGAAGUGGUCAUAUUGAAGUCAUUAUGGAUAGAAGACUCAUGCAAGAUGAUAAUCGUGGCCUUGGGCAAGGUGUCCAUGAUAACAAAAUUACCGCUAAUUUAUUUCGAAUACUGCUAGAAAAAAGAAGUGGCCUGGAUGUGAAAGAAGAAAUGAACUCGGUUGGUUAUCCUUCCCUCCUCAGCCACAUGACUUCCUCUUUCCUGAAUCAUCCAGUCUUUCCAAUGACAGUAAAAACAGAGUUUUCCUCACCUAACCUUCAUCUGCUGAAUGAAUUCCCCCUGUUACUGUCGUCCUUGCCUUGUGACAUUCAUCUGGUUAACCUACGGACAAUUCAGUCAAAGGUGGGCACUGGGUAUUCUGACGAGGCAGCCUUGAUCCUCCACAGGAAAGGAUUUGACUGCCAGUUCCCUAGUGGAGACACGGGGUUGCUUUGUUCUACUACUCAGGGAAAGAUGUUGGUACAGAAAAUUUUUAACAAGUUUACUAUUGAAAGUUUCACACCUUCAUCGUUAUCAUUGAUGCAUUCACCUCCAGACACCCAAAAUAUAAGUGAGAUCAACUUGAGUCCGAUGGAAAUCAGCACAUUCCGAAUCCGGUUGAGGUGAACCUGACUUUCAGAUUUUGAUUGGGAAGCAAUGGCUUUGAUAACUCUUGGUUUGAUGUGCAAUAAAGAAGCACAUUAUUUUAGCUUCUGACUACUGUGACAACAUGAAUUAUGUGAUUUUUUUUUUAAAACAGUUAAGUAAAAAAAAAAAAAGCCAUGCUAUCAACCUGGAUUCUUUUUCUUUUCCUUUUUUUUAAGUUCCUCCCAUGAACUACCACUUUCCGUGUGAAUUGAUGGCAACAAAUGAAGAAAUGUUUAAAGACAACCUCUCAACAGAUUGUAUCUCAGGUUAAAUGCUAACUAAUUAUGUUUGUGUUGGGGGUUGUGAAGAGAUCAUUGUAAGUAUUUGUGUGGCUGAUCCUUCAUUAGUUUUACAAAAGUACCUAUUUGACCAAAAUUGAAUAACAGGUUGGUGGGUAACAGCUAAUGGCCAAAAUGGUUGCAAUCAUGUGUACAAGUUACAAAAAAUGUUGUGUGUUAAAAUAUGUGGAAAAGUGCAAUCCCUCCACCCUUAUGAUAAACGUAGUUGAUUUUCACAUCGUUUUCUAAUGAGCCUCUUGACUCUUCCUUUGUAUUUACAGAUAUACCUGAUUUUGAAUCAUUCAACAAUAGAAAAUAAAGAGGCAUAUUUUCAUUACUUGACAGUGUGGGAUAGGUGCAAUUUAUUCCAUUGUCACUAACAUAGAAGAAGCAAUUCCAUAGGUACCGUAAAACUAUUUUAGGUACCGCAAGAUGUCUUUUUACACAGCUCAUUUGAAUACAGGUGUUCUGAGAAGGGGUUUUCUAUUUUACAAUUACCAUAUCAAAAUAAAUGUGCCUUAUUUUUUUAUAAGUCUUGUUAACUCUUUUGGUGUCCAUAUUACUGUUAGGGAGAGGGGAAAAAUGGGGAGGCUGGGGCAGGGGUAGGUACUUUCUAUGAUAAAUAAAUUGUGUGAUUUUUGCCUGACAAUGCUGGCCACAUUCUGAUCUGUUUCAUUAAAUUUGUGGUGAUGUUACUCUAAACAUUUUGACUAUUUGAAUGUACUGAGAUGUCAGAAAACAAAAUAAGGAAGAAAAAUAUUGUUAAUUAAAAUAUGCUGCUGCCAAGGAAACUGCAACUUGAAACAAGGAUUUUGUAACGUGCAAAAUCCAGAUACUGUUUCCACUUCACAGGAGUUAACCAUAUUGAAGAGAGAAUGCUUUAAAAUAGACCCUGUUCUGAAAUCUACUUACAUGUAGCCUAUCAUAAUGUAUCUUAAGUGUUUGUUCAGUCAAUUCCAAACUUCUGUGUAUCCUUAACCUCAAGCGUGUUGUGCUAAGCCCACGUGCCAUUACAGUACUUCUAAUAAAAUUUAUCUGGGAUCAUUGUUUCCUUAAUAUUAAAAUAACUUUAACAUGAACAGCAUUCAUAAUAUUCACUUUCAACAUAGGACUCUUUGAUUAUGUACAGUUUGAAAAGUCAUGUUACUAGAUUUAGUAAUAACUGACUUUAAAUUUCCAUUUACCUCUUGUUGUUUUGACAUCCUUAGAUAGAAGUUAAUCCCAUUUCUGUUUCAUCAUGUAGUCUGAUUAUCAUCUGGAAUGUCACUUAAGAUGCAGCUCCUAAUAUUAUACUGUUAUGUUAAAUCUAUAAACUCCUUUGCCUUUAAUAAUUAAGGAAACAAUACCAGUGUUGGUAAAGAAAUUACAGGAGGGUAAUUUCAUGCAAUAAACAUGUUUCUUUUCCUCAUUUUGGGGGGGAAUAAACAACCAGAAGAAAGAACAACAACAACAAAAAAAAAAACCCACUUCUUUUUGUAGACAUCUACAGAUGUUAGGAUUGCCAGAAGCAAAUACCAGGAAUAAGAUCGGUAUUUUUGUUGCAUCUUAAAUGUAUAUCUUCCUUUGGGAGUUUACUGUGUUCUGUGGUUAAGUGGGUGUGCUUAAUCACUCUA